AGCAGUGAGCGAGCGGGCCCACUCACUCACUACGGUACCUUCCCAACUUGAGGAGACGAGAUGCGGAAAUAGUGGGGAAAGUGAGAAACCUGUGCCAUAUGGAUCAAUGGACCAAUGGGCCAUGAACAUCGCCCUUCCCCCCCUGGCGGUGCUUUGAUUGUGCACUGUUCUGCGGGCAGCAGACCAGAAACAGGGCCAGGAUUCGGGUAUGGAAACGUGGGAGAUUUAAGCAUGGGAAACGGUGAGCAUCCGAUCCGCCCACCGAAUUGGUUCUGAUGGAGAAACAAGGUAAAACAAACAAUUUCCUCCACCGCCAUAGCAAACCUUUCCGGAUUGCAUCUCCUCCCAUGGAAUACUGCCUCCGUCCUCCUGUCCAAUACUCGUACCGGUACGUUAGCGGUUGGGCAAGUACAGGUACGAGUGCUAGUACUGUACUCGAGUACAUACGAUGGUGCAACAUCAGUACUUACCACUUACCAGAUAAAUCGUGCAUCAACGCUCUUGCCUGGCUUUCCCCCUCUCAAUACUCGAGCACGCAGUCCGAUACCGGACUCGGUAUCAUAGUACCCUUCAUCAUCAUCUCCUAACCGCAUCAUCCUGUCCGAUUACUCUGUUGGUGGGGGAGUCCUUGCCAUCAUACCAUGGGCCACGGCUACUCGUCCCCCCUCCCCCCAAAAAACAACAACAAUAACAACCUUUCCUCCUCCUCCCCAACCUGACCAUUCAGCUUAGGCCAGCCCCUUUCACUUCCGGUACUCCCCCAAACAUCCCCUCCGUCCUUUCCCUCUUUCCUUUUUAUUUUACGGUAUUCUACCGGUAUUUCAUUCUGGCUUUUGCUUUUUCACUCUUUCAUUCUUGCUUUAUUAUUUUUCACCCCCCCGCUCCCCUUCUCCCCUUGUGUUCGUCCUUUACCGGUACACUCCCCCCUUCCCUUCUCGUUCCUGUUUCUGACUUCAUUCAUGCCCUUGUCAAUCCUUACUCGCCGCCGCCUCUAUUGUUUUUCACUCUUUUGAUUUCUUGCUUUCCCCUCGUCCGGGGUUCCUACACAUAUUUCCCCUUCCUCUUCCUUUAUCCGACACACCGGAAUCGAGUGCUCUUGUCACCUUCCCGGCUUCUGCGUUCCCGGUUGGAUGUCCGAUGUUUGAACGUGGCAAUGGAUCGAAGUCUACAGGAACCAGCGUGUAUGUACCGGUGGUCGAUAACUCACCACGGCUGACCCGUACAUAUUUCAUGGCUACCCCUCCGCUGGCCCCUCUGGUUGUGGGCUUUGAGGAUUCCGGGGCUCUGAACACCCCAAAGCAGCAGAAGGGUUUCUUUUCGCUAUUUUCACGUUUUGGUGGGAAAAACAAGUCUCUAUCUAAUAUCAUUACAAAGCCUGAAGCACUCGCCAAACCCGUUGAAAGCAAUAGAGCUUCCGUCCCGAAUACGCCGAUUACACCCUCAAUGAGGCGCUCUCUAUCUAUUCCGGUGUUUAACGCUUCCGCAACAAAUGAUCACUCUCCUUCCUCACCUUCCCGGAGGUCAUGGGAACCUGUUCCUCUCAACGAGGCUUUUGCUCAGGCCAUUCGAGUUGCCUCCCUCUCGGCCUCCUCUCUUUCGAUGGAAACUCUGAUCAGACGAAACUCUGAGCGAGGCAAGGGCCCGAAGGACAGGCGUGGUCGCAUUCUGCAUCGAAGCCACGCUUCUACUAGGUCUGUAGAUUUGGAUUGGACACGCAAGACUUUUGUGCUGAUCGAGGGAUUUCUCCUCCAAUAUGCCGGGGAUGGCCCUCACGAUCGAGGUCCGGAGAAGACCCUGCAGCUCACUCCAGCCUCCAUCGCGUUUGCAAGCGAUGUGAUUCCUGGUAGGCCGUGGGUGUUACAGGUUUACCGAAGCGCUGGCCCCGACGGUAACUUAUUGCCUGAACGAAAAGGCUCCUUCUUGUCUAAAAUUGCAUUCAAGGGUCCUGCAAAGAAUACUGCAGUAUCUCUUUUGUUGGUUUUUGACGGAGCUGAGGAAAUGGAUGCUUGGAUGGGAUGUAUAAGGGCCGAGGCUGUCAGGCUUGGGGGAGGAACUGUAAAUAAACCGGCGAAUGAAAUUGUCGUCGGUGGAAUACGGGAGGAGGAAGAGGGUGAAGAGCAAGGUGACCCUCGCCACACUAGGAGAUUUGUUAUAGAUCGCGCGGCGGGCUCGUUUAAGAGCGAAACUAUUUCAGACGGAAACACCUCGAAGCGGGCUUCCACGUAUUAUCGGUCCUCCUUAGAUGCAGGGAGAUCGUUUACAACAACGGUUUCCGGGGAUCACGUUCUCUUGGAGCAUCUUCGCGGAUCCAGGCUUUCUCUCAACUCUACCCACGGGGCCAGAGUUUCUACUGUUUCGCCAGACACGAGUCCCGAAAGGUCCUCGACACGGAACAAGCGAUCUUCCAUGGCUCUGUCGGCUCGAUCACGUUCAUCAAUGGAGCUAAAACCGCCCUCCCAGAGGCCACUUUCAGUCGUAGACCGUGAUGGCAAUCUAUACUGGAUCCGGACACCUUCACCAUCUGCUCCCAACUUUUCCCUCCCCAUUCCCCUUUCCGGUGGUCACCCCCAGAUGGGAAGCAGGCGUUCGACUUUCUCGACCACCGGAGCAAUAUCUCCGAUGCCCAUCCCGCCCAUUUCCACUCGGCCGAGUUUGUCCGCGAUGUCCACGGUCGGGGCCCUCUCGGAAAUAUCACACCCACGGACGCGGCCGCGCCAAUCCCAGUCCAACCCCCCGUCCCCGUCGGUAAUCGCAUCACCAAUGGCAAAAUCAACGCCCUUACCUGUGAGGCCGCAGCGCCCUGCAUCCAUGUUUGACUCUCGGCCCUCGCCGCCCUCCGAGAUGCAGAAUCUCUCAAAGUCUCCAUCAAUCAGGAGGCACCAUCUGCAAGCUGGAAUUGCGGUACCGCCCCGGACCAAGUCCCUCCGCAGAAAAUCCAUGACUUCAAUUGGGCCGUCUGGAACCGGAGCCGCGGGACCACCACUGCAUCCGCCUCCCUCCAUUCCUCUUCCUAGAUUGCCAUCUAGUGAGGAUGGCACUUUCUACUCUUCUUCCAUGCCUUCAUCGCAUUAUCGGAAACUUCCACCCCCGCCUGGCCCUAAUCCUCCAAGGAACAAGUCUUUAGGGAACAGGCAUUCAUUUCAUGGGUGUUCGCCGAGAGAAUUGCGUUUAAUGUCUUAAUCCCCACGUCACGUUUCUUCCUUUCCCUUUCUGCAUUUCGUUUGUUAAUCCCAUUUGUUGCAGCAUUUUCCUUCCACCAGCGCUGGCUUUGGGGCUCUCAUAGACGUGAGGAACUUGUUCUGUCUCGGGUCUGGAUCUCAUUGGACCACUCGUACAAAAUGCUUUACUUGUGAAUUUCUCUUUGAUUUUUUUUUUUCAGGGCUAUCGCUCAUCGCCCAUCUUAUCGUGGCUUGGCGCUAUUUUUCCGUUCUUUUAGGGAGGAAAUGGUUAUACCCGGUUUGCUCAUUUUACUCUUUUCACUUUGAUUUUUACUUAUUCAUGGGUGUUUCUCGUUUGGGUGAGGGGCGAAUCUGUAACAUUAGUUGGCCCGACGAAUGGGCCAUGGAGGGGGGUAUCAUAGGUUGGGAGGGAAGAUGCGGUCAUCCGUUGAAAAAACAAAAGUUUGCUUCUGUGAGUUGGGAUCCUAGUCUUUUUUUUCCUCCUUUUUACGUUUUGUUCGGGAUCAUUUUUUUAUUUGCUUUUUUUAUGGCCUCUAGAGCGUACAGGUAGGUGGUGGAGUUGGUGGUGGCGUGAUAGCGAAAGGUGCCGGGUGAGUGAGUGGACUGACGGGUUUGUUGGAUUGGGCUAACAGCACUGUAUUUUUUAAUGAGGUUAUGCUUGAAUUCGGGGCGUUCGAGAGAGCAGUGAGUGAGCGAGAGAGGAAAGCACUUUCAUGUACUUGUACGGUAGACGGUAUAUUAUAUAAUAAUACCUUUUUCGAAAG